AUUUUGCUCAUUCAAAAGUUAUUAAUCGAGCAUGAAGUCGUCAGGCUUAUUAAAUUUAUUAAUGAAUUAAUUUUAUAAAUGAAAAGACACUAUUUUAAACGAAGUGCUAAUGGAAUGUAGCAAUGUAUUUAUACGACAUAAAGGAAUUGGUAGAAUGUCUUGCCGUUGUCACUACUAUUAUUCAGUUCCUAUCGGGCACGUUAAUUUGCAAGCAAUAUGUUUCUAAUCGUACGACUGGUGAAGCUUCACCCUUGCCUUUUACCUGUGGAUUUUUUUCCUGUAGCAUAUGGCUCCUUUAUGGAUUGACGAAGGAAGAUGGAAAUAUGAUUUUAGUCAAUGUAGUUGGUGUAAUCUUCAUGGUUGCAUAUACAAUAGUAUUUUAUUUAUAUACAUUUAAGAAAAGUGUGGUAUUGAGACAGGCAUAUAUAACAGUUGGCUCCUGUAUGUUUAUGAUUUGGUAUGUUAAUGUUGAAGAGGAUAAUGAAGUUCUUUUAAAUCGUCUUGGGCUCCUAGCAUGCAGCCUCACAUUACUGACUGUUGCCUCGCCAAUGAGCAAACUACUUUAUGUUAUAAGAACUAGAAGCACGGAAUGUCUACCGUUUCCUAUGAUUCUAAUGUCAUUUGUUGUUAUGUCAUUGUGGUUCUUUUAUGGUAUAAUUGAAGAGGACAUGUAUCUUACUAUACCUAACUUCAUUGGCGCGUCACUGGCGCUUGCGCAGCUGUCUCUAUUCGUAAUAUAUCCAAGUAAACCAACAUCCCCACUUUUAGUAAAGUCUUUGUUAGCUUAAGGAUUAUGACAUAUUUUUUGUACAAAGAAGGACGUUUUUUACGAUAACGAAAAUUAAAUUAUACAAUUGGAUGUAAUUCAAAAUUUAAAAUGAAACUUCAAAUAUUUUUGUAUAAUUAAUGUUAUUUAUUUAGAGUAACACUGACAUCCACAAGUAUUAUUUAGAUUUGUUAAUAAUUUAUAUUUUAUUGAAUUUCACACCCGCGAGUGAUAUUAAGCACAGAAUCAAGUAAUAUUUGUUAAGGUGGUUAAAUUUUCCUUAUAUUCUGGCUGCGGCUAGCGGCCUGAUCCUUCGAAACGGACUAUGUAUAAUUCGGAAAUAACUAUUGUGUAUACGCAGGAGCAAUUAUCGUUUUAAAUGCGACCUAAGUUUUGAUGAGUUGGUUCUUUUAUUAUUUAAGUGUAAUUGAAUAGGCUACAAUCAACACAGGUUCUCAAUUAUCUAAAGCUUUCACUAAAUAAUUUAAAACUCAAACUCAAAAGAACUUAAUUCAUAUAGGUAACCAAGUACACUUAUGAACGUCAACAGUUAAUUCUAAAUUUACAUUUACUACCAGUUCGCACGUCAAGGGCGUAGAGC